CCGCGAUGCCCCGGUUCCGCUUCCGGUGUCGGGCGGAAGUUGUGUGAGCACAGUAAGCAUGGCGGCUCCUGAGGCGGAGGGGGAGAAAGCGCGGCGUCCCGGCAAGAAGAAAGCGGCCAAAGCAGUCGAUGAGUCCGAACUGCUCACUGUGCCGGAUGGAUGGAAGGAACCAGCGUUUACCAGGGAGGACAAUCCCAGAGGGCUGCUGGAGGAAAGCAGCUUUGCAACGUUAUUCCCCAAGUACAGAGAAGCCUAUUUGAAGGAGUGCUGGCCGCUUGUCCAGAAGGCCCUGAGUGAGCAUUAUGUGAAUGCAACGCUGGAUCUAAUUGAAGGAAGCAUGACGGUCACGACUACUAAGAAGACUUUUGAUCCGUAUGCGAUCAUCAGGGCUAGAGAUUUAAUAAAACUUCUGGCAAGAAGCGUUCCAUUUGAACAGGCAGUUCGUAUUCUUCAGGACGAUGUUGCGUGUGACAUCAUUAAAAUCGGUUCCCUAGUGAGGAACAGAGAAAGUUUUGUAAAAAGAAGAGGACGACUUCUUGGGCCCAAAGGAUCUACUCUGAAGGCCCUGGAGCUGUUAACCAACUGUUAUAUUAUGGUUCAAGGCAACACUGUUUCAGCUCUUGGACCUUUCAGUGGGCUAAAAGAGGUUAGGAAGGUUGUUCUGGACACAAUGAAGAAUAUACAUCCCAUAUAUAACAUUAAGACUUUGAUGAUCAAACGUGAAUUAUCAAAAGAUCCUGAACUGAGGACACAGAAUUGGGAAAGAUUUUUGCCUAAGUUCAAGAAGAAGAACUUGAAAAAACGCAAGGAGCCAAAGAAGAAAAAUGUUAAGAAGGAGUACACACCAUUCCCACCUCCACAGCCAGAAAGCCAGAUUGAUAAAGAAUUGGCAAGUGGUGAAUACUUCUUGAAAGAAAGCCAGAAGAAACGAAAGCGAGUGGAAGAAAUAAAGGCAAAGCAAGCUGAUGCAGUCAAGAAAAGACAAGAAGAAAGAAAUAAAGCUUUUAUCCCACCAAAGGAAAAGCCAGCUGUGAAAGCAAAGAAAGCUUCUACUGAGAAAAAAAUUGAUAUUGAAGCCAUCAAGGAGAAAGUAAAGAACGCAAAGAAGAAGAAAUUAGGAGCGCUUCCUAUGGAAGAAGUCAAGUUAAAAAUGGCAGCAGAUGAAAAGAAGAAAAAAAGGAAGAAGUAAUUCACUGCUCAUUCUGCUCAAUUUUCUCCUACAAUAAUGAAUGUUCUCACACUUGGAAAAACCAAGACUUGGAGGAAACUUCUUGCUGUCAAUGUAGUGUGGAUGAGAAAUUACUAGGCAGAAAGAUGGUUCUCUUUUCACAAGCCCAUUUUAACAAAUGGACCUGGAGCAGCUAUGCAGAAUUGUCAAAGUUGGUGAACAAAAUCUGCUCUCUCAUACCUUUUGAGUACAUUUGGAUAACACCUGUCUGCUUCGAGGACAUUUCAUAUUAGAAACAUUUAGAAGUUUGAUGCAGAAUGUGAAAGGGUAAAGGUUGGAGAACUCAGUGGGAGUUAAAUGGAAAUCUUCUAUGAAAGACUACCAAAGAACUGUCAAGAUGGGCAAGAUUUAUUACUUUUAUUAUGCUUUUACUUCUGUAAAAGCAGGGGGUUUUUUGUGUGUCUUGUCUUGAUGUCAAUAAACUGUUUUAAUAUAU